AACUGUUUCGACAGAGGGAUCCCCUCGCCACGGAUAUUAAUGCACAUCAGAAAAAGUGUGGAUACAUAUCUGUCCAUGCAGUGGGAAAAUGCAAACACCCAAGAAAGACGGCAAAUAGUACAGAAAGAAAUCAAAAGGAUUGAGGAGGAAAGGAGGAGAGGGAAAUCUGUGGAACUCAGCAAACAGGGAGCGUGGACCAGAUGGAAUCUCCCAGAGAGGAAGAUGACGUGGGAUGAAAUAUGGAGGAUGGAGCCCUUCCGGAUAUCAUUCCUGCUACGAUCCGUGUAUGACACGCUACCAUCUCCUGUUAACCUGCAUCAGUGGGGAUUGAUGGAGGAUCCUUGCUGCAAACUAGGCGGAGGAAGUGGUUUAGACUAAAA